AUGAAUAGGAUGUUACUGGGCACUUUCCAAGAUGAUGAAGUUAGGAUGGUGAUUAAAGAGAUGGGGGAAAUAAAGCUUCGGGUUUCGAUGGCUUCCAUGCGGCGUUCUUUCAAAGAUUCUGGGCGAUUAUUUAAUAGGGUGUUGGAUGUUUGUAUUGAUGAAGCUCAAGGAGCGUUUGUCCCUGGUCGGCUUAUUACAGAUAAUGUCCUUGCGGCUUAUGAAAUUCUACUCACUUUCAAGAAUAGAAGGAAAGGGAAGAAGGGUUUUUUUACUUUAAAGCUUGACAUGAGUAAAGCAUACGACAGAGUCGAGUGGGGGUUUGUUACAGGUGUGAUGAGGAGUAUGGGGUUUGAUGAAAAAUGGGUGGAGUUAAUAAAUCACUGUAUCUCCUCGGUCUCUUAUGUUGUUACGAUCAAUGGAAGGUUGAAUGAGCUUUUUCAACCGAAACAGGGUCUCAGACAAUAG